GCUCAGUGCGAAUUGAACUGUCGAAACGCGCGGCGGCUGCGUUUGGGAACGUGGAAUUUGUUUAUCUUUGUUUUUCGUUCAUUCUUUAUUUUCGAGAGCGUAAACUGUGGGAUUAAUAGUUUUUUUUUUAUUAUUUUUAUGUGUAGCAAUCGCAAUUGAAAUUGAAACAAGUUAUUUAGCGAACAAAUAUUACAAUCACAAAACAUGAGCAAUACACACGACAUAUCGCCCGCGAGACGAGCUGCCUUCCAGGUGUUGGCUGGCGGCUCUGCCGGAUUCCUCGAGGUGUGCAUCAUGCAGCCCCUGGACGUGGUCAAGACCCGCAUGCAGAUCCAGUGCACUCCCGCCAGCGCAAUCUCAGCCGAGGGAACUUAUACUGGCGUUUUUGACUGCUUCGCCAAGAUGUACCGACAGGAGGGUAUUGCAUCGUAUUGGAAGGGCCUAAUUCCGCCUAUUCUAGCCGAAACACCCAAGCGGGCUAUUAAGUUUCUGGUAUUUGAGCAGACGAAGCAAUUCUUUCAGUUUGGCUCACCAACACCGACACCGCUGACAUUCUCCCUGGCGGGAUUGACGGCGGGCACAUUGGAGGCCAUUGCAGUGAAUCCCUUUGAGGUUGUGAAGGUGGCACAGCAAGCGAAUCGUCAAAAGAAAAUGAUAAGCACCUUCCAAGUUGCCCGGGAGAUUGUAAAUCGUGACGGCUUUGGGCUGAGAGGUCUCAACAAAGGCGUGACCGCAACAAUGGGACGCAACGGUCUCUUUAACAUGGUCUACUUUGGUUUCUACCACAGCGUAAAGAAUGUUGUGCCCGAGUCGAAGGAUAGCACCUGGGAGUUCUUGCGUAAGGUGACCAUUGGCUUCACGGCCGGCACCCUUGCCUGCUUCUUUAAUAUACCCUUCGAUGUGGCCAAGUCCCGCAUCCAGGGACCACAGCCAGUGCCCAACCAGAUCAAGUACCGCGGCACAUUAAGCUCAAUAGCCAUUGUUUACCGGGAGGAAGGAUUCCGGGCGCUCUACAAGGGUCUGGUACCCAAGAUAAUGCGACUCGGUCCCGGUGGCGCCAUCAUGCUGCUCGUCUUCGACUAUGCCUACGAAUAUUUAUUGCUGAAUCAUUCGUAGUUUCCUUUCAUAUUAAGAUUAAGAAAUUAUCGGUUUGUUUAUAAUUUUUAUUAUACACCUACUUUUAUAAUAUUUUUUUUUGAUUCUACUGAAUUUUGUAUACCUUUAAAUGAUAUAGAUAUAAAAAGAUAUUUACAUAUACACAUUAAAUUGACUGUAAAUACAAAGGAAUUUAAAUGCAUUUAUGGCAA